AUGAAUUCCUUAAUUUAAUAGCAUCGAUCCUCAUCGAGCAGACACCGCACCUUUUUGAAUAUCACCACUUCUCAACAACUGAGAGUGCAAUCUCCACUCGCUUAAAUGGAAAAUAGUUAAAUCAAUUAAAAAGAUCUCAUCCACAAAUUAGUUUAAACUCUGAGAUUGUAACCAACCCAAAGGAACAAGGAAAAUAAGAAUAGACAAUAAAAAGCAAGGUCCUAAUUGAAUUCUGGUUAAAAAUAAAGAGUCCUUGAAGAUCGACUCUAUAAAUUAGAAACUGCCAAUUCCCCUACUUUAGGUUCCUAAAACCGAAGAUUAUUUAACUAAACAUUACCACUUGCAGCCUAACCAAGAUAUAAGAACUUCAAGAUUUUGUAAUUUUUGGGCAAAGGGCGUUAUAGUAAUGUCCACUUAGCAAUUGAUGAGAACACUAAUUAUCAUGUGGCCUUAAAAAUUAUGAAGAAGACUUAGAUUCAAUCAAUGUCCCAAUCAAUUGCAUAGGAAAUUAAAAUUUAGUAUUUACUCAACCAUCCAAAUAUCGUUAAACUAUAUACAUUUUUUCAAAAUGCUGAUGAAAUCGUGUUAGUCUUGGAAUAUUGUCCCAAUGGCUAAAUACAUAAAAUACUCAAGGGUUUGCCUGAAUGUUGCUUUCCAGAAAAGUUGGCCUCAUCCUAUAUUCGAUAAAUCCUGAGUGCUUUGAUUUAUCUUCACAGAAAUGGCAUCAUCCACAGAGACCUAAAACCAGAGAAUAUUUUCUUAUGUUAUGUAUACUUCCUAUCCUAAAUUUAGAAUUAAAUCAAGAUUGCCGAUUUCACAUAUUCUGUAUAUUCACCUGAAGAUCAAAGGUAAACGCAAUGUGGAUCUUUAGCCUACUUGUCUCCUGAGAUUAUUCGGGGCGAGAACUACGAUAAGAGUACUGAUAUGUGGUCUCUUGGAGUAUUAGCUUACGAGUUAUGCUGUGGGGAAACACCCUGGGAAGACUUAAGGUAGGAUGAGAUGCAACAAAUGAUAUAGGAUGGCAUAAUCAAUAUGCCUGAUUCAUUUUCUUGUGAAUUAAAGGACUUUAUUACCAAACUAGUUACAUCUGAUUCGAAAAGCAGAAUGACAGCCAAACAAGCCAUGACUCACCCUUGGAUUUAACAAUAGGAGGAAUAGUUAACAUAAUACGAAUUCAAAAUUUGA